AUGGUGCUUAUAAAGCGUCGAAGCGAAACUUGCGGGAAAUAUCCGAGGGCGGUCAAGAUAGAUCGGUCGGGGUGUCCAGGUAUCUGUGGCCCACAGGCCGCAACCACUGCAACCCUGUCGUUCUCAAGCUUCCGAAACUCAUUCACCUCAAAUGUCAAUUACCUGAAACGAAGAUUUAGCUCCGGAGACCUGCAGUCCGACUGCGAUGAGGGAGAAGUGGACCCCUACACGGGACAGACAGCCACCACCAGUCAGCCCAAGCCGCAGCCGAAGCCAACCUCACAGGCGACUGGUGGCAGUCUCGGAAGUGGGGCGGCACCACCCGCUCCCAGGCCUACGAGCACGAGUAGCGGCCCUGGUGCAAGCGGAGAUCUGUCGUUGAACCUUCGUGGAGGCUCGCGUGGAACAUCAGCUCCGUCUUCACCAGCCAAGUCGAGGGAGUCUCUGCUACAACGAGUGCAAUCGCUAACUGGCGCUGCGAGAGACCAAGGCGCCAACCUACUCGGAAGCGUGACAUCUGUGGCAUCUGUUGGACGAGGAUACAAUCGCGACCGCUGCGUCACACUCCUAGUGGUGGAUGAUCAGAACACAGACUGGUCGAAGUACUUCCGAAGCAGGCGUCUACCGGGAGAAUGGGAUAUUCGUGUUGAGCAAGCCGAAUUCAGGGAAUUAACAGUGACCGCUAACUCCGAUGGUGCCAAUGUGUCCAUGGCGGUGUACCGGAGUGGAACUAAAGUAACGAGAUGUUUCAAGCCGGACUUUGUGCUCGUGAGGCAAAACGUGCGUGACGCUGGUGCCGAUCAUCGCGCUCUCCUCCUGGGGCUCAAGUUUGGAGGAGUACCGUCCGUCAACAGCCUCAACUCCAUCUACCACUUCCAGGAUCGACCCUGGGUGUUCGGCCACCUCCUCCAGCUCCAACGCAGACUUGGCCGCGAGAACUUCCCCCUGAUCGAGCAGACAUAUUAUCACAACCACACCGACAUGGUUACGGCUUCCAAGUUCCCAGUCGUUAUCAAGAUGGGACAUGCUCACAGCGGCGUCGCUAAGGUGAAAGUGGACUCUGCAACCGACUUCCAGGACAUAGCCGGCGUCGUGGCCAUGCUGGGGACUUACUGCACUGUGGAGCCCUACAUUGACGCCAAAUAUGACAUCCACAUACAGAAAAUAGGCACCAACUACAAAGCCUUCAUGCGCAAAUCUAUAUCUGGCAAUUGGAAAACCAACCAGGGCUCGGCAAUGCUGGAGGCUAUCGGCAUGAAUGAUCGAUACAAGAUGUGGAUUGACGAGGUCAGCGAAAUAUUCGGCGGGCUAGAAGUGUGUGCCUUGGAGUUGGUAGUUGGCAAGGACGGCCGAGAACACAUCAUCGAGCUGAAUGAUUCAGCUACUUCCUUUAUGGGGGACUCACAAGAAGAGGAUCGACGUCAUCUCGCCGAACUGGUCUUCCAACGGAUGCAGAACGUAUGCCGGCCCGGUCUCACAAAAACCACAUCUCGGAGCUCCGUGGCGGGGAGUGGCGCGGCGUCCCCCGAGGAGCGCGCUGGCCCGGGCCCCGCGGCGAUGGCUGGUCCCCCGACGGUGGCUGGUCCCCCGGCCGCGCCCCCACCAGCUCCCCUAGCCGCGGCUGCUAGUAUCGACCGCCCCCUGCCGCCCAUCCCGGCCGAGCCCGCUCUCCCUCCGCCGCCGCCGCUCACACGCAGGGACUCCCAAGCAUCUCAGUCGUCGAUGGUCUCGUCCACAUCUGCAGUGAGCUCCGCCGCCGUCACUACCGCCGCUACAAGCACCGCUUCUUCCACCACCAACUCCGGCAGUCGCUUCUCCCGGCAAGGAUCACUCAGCGCGGCCCUCACUGAGGACGCCGAAGACACCAUGAAGAAUCUUCGGAAAACUUUCGCUGGCAUUUUCGGAGAUAUGUAGAUUUUCAAUUGGAUUUUUUUAAAUCUGUUAAUGCAUGGUUCCGCAACAAAAGGCAAGUCUAGUGUAGUCUAUACGACAUCCCGAGUCUUACCUGUCCCAGACUUAAACAUUUUAUUGUUAAAGAUAAGACCAUCAUUGUGAACGCUGGUCAGUUUCCAAACUAAUAUUAUCUAGCAAUAAACUAGUUAACAAAGCGAGGUACUGUUAACUUUAUCUACAAGUACAAUUCAUUGUUUAAUAAUUGCAUUACAAUCAAUUCUGAAAGAACGACUAUUGAUAUAGAAUGAGUUUGAUUUAUAAAAUAAUCAUUAAGUCAGAUUCUUUAGCACUAUCUAGUAUACAUUUCUAUCAUUUUUUACGUGUUACUCGAAAUAAAAAGUAAUAAAAAUAUCUAUAAUAAUAAAACAAUUAUUCAUUAUUAUGCUAAAAGUAGAUUUUUUACAGAACGUUAAGGAUAAUUCUUUCAAAAUAGCAUCAAUCAAUUAAUAAUAACAUUUAUUAUUGAAAUUUUAAAAGAAAUCACAUGAAAUAUUAAAAUUUUAAUUUCUACUAUCUAUAUUAUAUUUCCGUGAAAAAUAUCAGUUACCUCCCUCGAACGAGGAUUAGUAUUAUGUAUUUAAGCAAUGCUAUUUAAGACAAUAUUGUUGAAUGCAAAUUUUAUUCCACAUUUUAUAUAUGGUGUAUCUUAACCGGUUGUAUCUAAAAUACUUUUAAGAAAAAAGUUAUAGCUUUCGUGUCCACUACAUUCAUGUCCGUGCUUGGCCUCCAUUAGGUACUUCAUUGGAUACUUCUUGAUUCGAAUUAUUUUUGUAAUAUCUGUUUUUUAGACAUCAAUUAUGAGGUAAUAAAUAUUCCUUACUAGGUAUUACAAUAAACAGUGAAUAAACAUUGGAAAUAAUUCGAGUGAUAUAUGAAGGAUUAAUUUUUCCAUUUAAAGCAGUGGUAAACAAAUA